AUGGACCGCGGCUCUUCGGAAGAUGAAGAUGAACAAACUGGAGCGGAUAAAAAAUUAUCAACAUCAUCAAACCCGGCACGCCACAACAACAAGCUGGCGACGAUGAAGGCGAAUUCUGUCGUCUCCAACGGUAGUACUAAGUUAAGAAGCAAUUUCUACGGCUCCCCCCACAGUGCAAGUACAACUGCGGGCGAAAUCAACAUCCGCUGGAAGGAGCCAGGACGUGGGUCGAACAAGACAGCCGCCGUCAACGGGAGCAGUAGUAGUAGCAGCUACGAAAAAAUCAUGAGUGCGAGCGGGACGUCGAAGAUGAAAUUGAAAACGAGCUUGAACACAACUUCUACGGAAAUAGACCAGCUUACCACCGCUCGUCCCCGACCCAGAACGAUAAAGGUUCUUCCGUCUACUUCCGCCACACCCACCUCAGGAGACGCUUUGGGAGUAGUUCAUGGAAGCAGUAGCAGUGGUACUGGUAACCUACGUAGCCGUUCCUCGUCCAGCUCUCAGCCCUCUACUGCGGCGCAACUACAUCAAGCACAGCAAAUAUCAACCAAAGACCAGCUCGAACAGGAGAUGCUCGAAAACGACCUGUCGCCGGAGAAGAGCAAAAAGGUGGACUCGUGGCUACGGGGCAUUAUCCUGUGCAAAAGUAUCGUACUCGUAGUAAUUGCAGUCAUGCAUUACAAAUUUUUUUUCUUGAGGUAAAUCCGCAUGACAAAUUUCAUUUGUUGUGCUGAGCGAAUUUGUAAUGCAAUUACUACUAGCGCGAUACUUUUGCAAUGCAUAGGUAUGGCGAUCGAGCAAAAACGAUCCGAACGGAUGAAGUUGCCGAGCUUUCAAGAGUCGGCCGCCCUGUCGAGGAAAGACUCACUGGGAAAGAACGACCUGAAGUUGAAGCAACUCUGCCCGGAGGAGUUCGUGCGGAAGUUGAAUUCCCGCUACGAAUCCAGUACGCAUUGCAAAUAUGUCUGGGUCUGGAAGAGUGCAAGACUUGUUGUCAUGCAGAAACUCCAUAACACACGAGGUCUGGCAUACAGGGCCCAGCAUGACAGAUUCUGUGAGAUAUAAUCCAUCAUGUAUGACGCCUCUCCUGCAUGACAAACUGCCUCUGGACUUGGGCAAAACGUCGGGAUGACUUUUGGCAAUCAUGCAACACAGAUUUUUGUGCAGGAUGCAGACUUAGCAUGACAAGUUUCCACUCUACUUCCAAGCCCAGACAUAUUUGCAAUGCAUAUCCAGCAUGAAAAACGUAAACAACCGGGACUUGGCCGAAAUGGUAGUGAACAAUUUAAAUCUGUCCAACACCUUCACCCCAAACGAAAAAACGGUUAUGAGAGCCUCAGAAUGGAAAUUCUCAAAGUGGAAGUAAUCUGUGAUGCAUGAAAGACGACACCAAAAAGACUGUAUUGCAGAGAACGCAAUCGAGGCCGACUAUUGUGCUUCUACGGCUUCAGAAUUGGGCUGCUGAUCAGCACGAGAGAGGGGCACCCCUUUGCCCUAAGUAGCAUGACAGAGUAAGGUCGUUUUUUGCAUUACAAAUUUAUUUCCACUUGUUUGAGGACUUUCAUUCUGAGGCUUUCAUAACGGUGAAGCGGCGCGAAAAGGCCCUGUUUUUGAAACACAGUGAGAAGGAAAAACUGCUGGAAGAAAGCAAGGACUACUGGGUAAACACCGCGAUGUCGCCGAUGAGCAAUUUUGGAUACCACGAUCUGGACCUUGUUCCUCACGCCUCGUCGUCUUCACCGGGUGCCGGCGCUCCUGCUGCAGUAGUCGGGAACACGGAAACCGUCAACGCUAAAAAUAGUGUACCAGCAUCAAGCCCAGGAGGAGAGGAAAGAUCGCAGCAGGAAAUGUUGGUGCGUCGGGGAGAAGGUACGAGAAGUUCUAGUCCUAGUGCUGGAGGUGGUGCAAUACAUCAAGAAAUUGACUCUGGUGCAGUUGCAGCCCCGGGAGGAUCUUCGACGGGGAAUGACACGAAUACGAUGAACAACAUGACGAUCAAAACAUCGAGCAAUGCGCUUCGUACAGCAAACGCAAAGAGAAAUGUGCCGCGAAUGAAACCGAGCGGAAAAUUUGGUACGUUUGGGCCGAAGACCGCAAGUAAUACGGUGAAUGGUACUACUAGAACUGAAGCGGUUAUAAUUUUGAGUCCGAAAACCAAGACCACGAACAGGAACCUGGAUAACGAUUUUCUUGAAUCUUCCAGUCGUCGCUCGGGUGUAAUGACGUCCCCUGCGAGGUUGAAUGCGGUUGCAAGUCAAACAAGAACAAAAUCCGGUACAAAUGUAGUGAACAAGCAGCUGGGAAAAGAAAAUAAAAAUAGCUGCUCGCCAACUUCGUGUGGGGCCGAAUCACUUUCAUUGAAGAGUCCUUCACGCAAGAACUUUUUCUCACCCUCACGCACAACAGGAAGUUUCUUCCUCGGUGCCCUUUCUCCGACUUCUUGUUCGCCUGGCUUCAAUACCACGCUCUCCCCCAGCAGCAUGACGUCCCCGACGAGCGCCGGGCUGACUAGGCCGAGUUGGCUGGGACGGAAACGGAUUCUCGACCCGGAAAAAGAUCCGGUGUACAUCCAGCAUCAGUGCAGCGCAAAAUGGCUCAAGCUGAUUACGGUGAUUCACUGCUUCCAGCACGAGUUCAAACAGCGGCUGCUCUUUUUACGGAAAAUCCAACUGGCCGUGCCCCCGAACCGGAAUGGCGACGCGGACGAGAAACUAUUCUCGAAGUACUGGAAAAACUACGACAUCGAGGACGAGACCACGAUAGUACUGUCUUCAACAAACGACCACGAUGAAGAAGAAGACGAGUCGUGUGAAGUACAACGUGGGGAUGAAGAGCAGUCCACUACCUCACACACCGUACCAGCAAAACAAGAUGACGAGCAAAUGAUAAAUAAGAACACCGGGGGCAGCGCAAAAACAAAAAGUAGGGAUGAGCAAGAACAUGACUACAAGCACAACUACGUCCAGCACGAAGCAGGUCGUGGUGAUUAUUUCGUACACGAUGAGGAACCACUAGAUGAGACCUUUUUCGUGGCGAAGAGGUACCUGCUGCUUUUGCCGAUCCGUAUCAAGUGCAAAAAUGUCUGGGUCUGGAAGAUUCUGAGACUUGUUGCCAUGCAUGUUUUGCAUGACCCAGGAUGUCUGUAAUGCACGACCUAGCAACACAGAUUUUUAGCGGGCUCCCUGAUGCCUCCUCCGCAUGACAAACGCCCUCGCCGCGUAGCAUAAACUAGACUCCUCUUGCUGGUCAUGCAGUACAGAUCUUUUUAGAGUCCAAGCUUAGCAUCACAAGUUCCACCCUUCCAGACGAAGACACUUUUGCACUUGAUAGUCCGCGUUUUGAAACAACAGUAUGCGGAGUAUCUAGAGCUGAAGAAGAGAAGAACAAAUUUUUGCGACGUCUACUUCAAGCAGCCCAACACGAGCGAGAACAAAGAACAAAAAGAAAGCCGCGAAGAUGAACGGGAUAUUAUGAUGAACAACGCCCACCCGACGGAUCUCGUGCCGACUAGGACCACCCUGGAAGUAGAUGGUCAUCACGCCCAGGAUCUUCAUACAACUGGACGAGAUGACGCAGUUCCUUCUCGUCCUCGUCUCGUCCACGAUGAAAAUGCAAACGACCCACCACAGGACGAGCUCGUCCGUGCAAGAGCAACUGGCUCUGCCAACAGCGCAAGAAACAACUCCAACUCGUCCACUGGCGGAACCCGAACCGGGGGCAACGACGUUGUGUCUUGUUGUUCUACCGCUCCGGUUGCGCUGCAGCUGAAACAACAAAUUCAUGACGGGGAUGAAGAAAAUGUUGACGAAAGAAAAAAUUCUACGGGCUUUACUGGAGGUGUAGUUGACACCAGAAGUAAUAGAAGUCUUCCUGAUCAUCAUGACCACCCCGUUCAUCCUACUUCCGGCGCGAGAACAUCGACCAAGACGACGAGCGCCACGACCACGCCCUCUUCUAUCCUGACCAAGCUGCGGCUUUUGAACGCUUUCCUGGUGCGGCGCUUUCUCGUGUAUCCACAGUAAAUAUCCCGGACACGUACAUCAAAUGUGGUUUCUGCAUGACAAAACUUGCCUCCAAUCCUAGUGCAGCAUGACAAGCUGGGCUCCGCAAGGUAGCGAAAUUUGUCAUGCAUUUUGUACAUGUUGUACAGGAAAUUUACAUCGCAUAUCGUGGUCCAGCUGCGGCGAAAGAGACGGAUUCAGGUGGUGUACAACUGUCUGAACCACUGGAAUAUCGAGUGCAAAUAUGUCUGGGUCUGGAAGAGUGCCAGGUUUGUCAUGCAGGUUUUCCAUGGCCACCCAUGAGGGGUGGUAUGUAGGACAUAGCACGACAGAUUCUGCGAGAGUUCAAUCAUGCCUGGUCUGCAUGAGAAACUACUGCCUCUCGAUUAGGUCAAAAGCGCACAGCUUUUGGCAAUCAUGCAACACAGAUUUACUUUACAUGAUUUUGAUUCAGAUUUAGCAUGACAAGUUGCACCCUUUGUCUGCUUCCAGACCCAGACACAUUUGCAUUUGAUAUGGAAAAUUCUCGGCAGGCUGAUGCUUGCGUUCAAGCAGUAUUACGCCAAGAUCCGCAGAGUUCAGUCCUGUAUCCUGUGCAAGAGCAUCGUAUUCGUAUAAAUGCAUUAUAAAUUUUCUCAGCAUGAGAAACAAUAACAAAUGAAACUUGUAAUGCGGAUUGACUUUAAGAAAAAGAUUUAAGUAUAAUGCAUCAUGACUGCAAUUAGUACGAGUACGUGUGCGAUACUUUUGCGCUGCAUAUCCUGGUGGAAGGAAGACGCCGGGAAAAAACUAGCGGCGAAAGUCCAACGGCUGACGAAUCGGUGGACCAAAAUCGAGUACCAGAUCGUGGAAAAAAAGUUGCUGGCUUUAGAAGACCACAGUGCGCCGGGAGCUAGUACAACUACAGUUGCGGGGGCGGAUCAUAUCGCAAGAAAAAACUUGUAAUGCAGAAACUGUAUCUCAGAAGUGUUUGUCUUGCUACACAUGCAAGCCAGGUGAUGUUUAGCUGUGUUUUCCCUUAGGGACCUCGCAUGGCAAGUCUUCCCUGUCAUGUAGAGCAAACUUGUAAUGCAAAACUUGCAAAAUUCCUACAGUGAAACACCUUUUUCGUACGAUAGAUCGAGGCCGAGUGAACUACAAACAGGGCGGCGCGACGAGGAGGAGAGGGAACAACAUAAAGAACUUGAACGGUAGUUCAUCUGUGGCGCAAGCAAAUCAAAAAAAGAACCCGAUCCACCCGGGCAGCUGCAACUUCUUCUACAAGGACAACAACCACACCUCCGGAACUAGUAGUACAGUGAAGCUUCGCAAUUUUAACACGUCCCUAGCUGGGGGCUCUACUGGUGGUCGUGCUGGUGGUAUGGAGAGAAAAAAGUUUGUCACAGUCACUACCUUGCAGGUUUUGCAUUACAAAUUUUUUCAGCAUCACAGCUUUUCCCUGUAUUGCAGAAACACUAGGGAAAUGCCUUAUGAAGUUUGGCUGUGAUGCAUUUUUACGCAUGACAGAAAAUUUUGUAUUGCAAAAAUGCGCAUAAAUGGUUGUGGCGAACUUUUUUUGUUUGAUAGGUGGCGGCGCUGCAGGGUACUCGACGUCAAAAGCUGGCAACUUAUCGACUUCAUCCACCUCAGCGGUAUCAACUGUAAAAAUGUCUGGGUCUGGAAGAAUGCAACUUGUCAUGCUAAAUCUGAAGCAUGCAAAAAUCUGCGUUGCAUGAUUACCAAAAGUCGUCCAGAUUUGACCAAGUCGGGAGGGAGUUGCUCAUGCAGGAUAGGCAUGAGAGAGAUCGGACCGAAUCUGUCAUGCUAGGCCCUGCAUUCCAGACCUCGCGGGUCAUGGAAAAGCUGCAUGACAAAUCGCGCAUUCUUCCAGACCCAUACACUUUUACACUUGAUAAGCGGUGCAAAGCAGCAAGGUUCAAAAGAUGCUCCAAUUGGAUUUUUCGGAGCGCGUGCAACUAGCUAUGGUCUCGGAGCCAGUCCGGACGAAGUUUAUCAAGCAGCACCUGCGCCAGCUGCGGACGUCCGACUACCUGCCGAAAGUGAAAAACUGGGAGAAGGUAUCACGAAGAAAAACCCCCCUUCCCCAUAUCAAUGUCAGCUUUUUUGUCAUGCUAGAAGGCAAAUAAAGAUGCGGACUCACUACAACUGUAGUGCUUGGUGGCGUGGGAAAGUAAGCCUUGCAGCUUCAGCAUGACAGGAGACAGUGGGGAGCAGCAUCAUGGCAAAUUGCCUGCAAGAAACGAGGCCACGACUGCGGCUCUUGGCCUUCUAGCAAUACAAGUCGAUUUGUGUAUUCUGAUACAGCAUCACAAAUUUCGUUUUCGAUAUGGGGAGGUGGGGGGAGUUUUCCUUGCAAUAGAAGCUGUUCAAGAUCUACCAAGAGAAGUUGAAGAGCUGGUGCGAAGAUCGUAUCCUGUGCAAAAGUGUCGUAUUUGUAUUGCAGUCAUGCAUUACAAAUCUUUUUCUAUAAGGAAAUCAGCAUUACAAACUUUAUUUCUCAUCAUGCUGAGGAAAUUUGUAAUGCAGUUAUCCGAAUGCGAUACUUUUGCAAUUCAUAGAUCGGAAGGCGAUUCAAUUUCUGCACCAGAUGCUCUCCCCGCCCGCUGCCAGCUCUGUUUCCUCGAGCGGCGGCGGUGGUGGUAGAAAUAACAGCGCUCCUGCGGCUGCUGGAAAUAGUACAAGUGGCAAAACAAGCAGCAAGACGAGCAAUAGUACUUCUUCUGGCGCAGGCGCCAGGGCAGGACCGCACCGACGCCAGUCUUUGAUCGAAAUGGAGUACUUGCACUCGAAGCCGUAUCCCCUUCCCACCGGGUGCGGCUUUUUUAAGCCAGAAUUCGCCAUUUCUGACGAGACGUUGAACCAGUGGAUUAUAUGCAUUGCAAAAGUAAAAGUAUCGUACCAGUAUGAAUAGCAUUACAAAUUUCUCCAAGAGAAAAAAUGCAAUUUGUCAUGCUGGACAAGGUAGAAAGGUAGACGUAGAUGAUUUGUAAUGCAUAUGCCUGCCAUUACUACGAGUGCGAUACUUUUGCACAGGAUAGAUUACCAAAUGUCGGAACGACAUGCACGGAAACACCAUCACGAGCAUUACCCAGGCGUGCUCGAAGUCCUUCUACGGGUCUUCCUCUCGUUCCUCGUGGCGCCCGGGCAGUUAUGCUGUGCAACAGUAUCGUACUACUUGCAAAUAUGCAUGACAAAUAUUUUUCCUAGCGAAAAGAAGCAUUACAAAUUCCACUUUCCUUUUUGCCAAAAUUUGUCAUGCAUUUUUCAUACUAGUGCGAUGCUGUUGCAAUGCAUAGCAGUACUUCUAGAACAAUUGGGAGCUGUAAUUAUCAUGGGGCGGCUGCUGGUACGUCGUCUACGAAGGAUGGAAAACCGAACGAAGAAGAUUCUUCCCCCUCCUCCGCGGCCUCCAGCACGUCUUCAGACGAUUCCGGCAGCAGUUCAUCCGCGCCAGAGGAUCCUGAAGACUCGGACGAUCCUUCCGACGCAGAGCAGAACAUCGCCGCAACUUGGUCGGGGAGCAAUUGUAUUAGUGAUAAAAAUGUACAACUAGCCCUCAGAGCUGCAGCGCCAGGGCCCGGAGCAGGAGCUGCAGCCGCAUCUUCUGCGGCAACUGGUUAUCCUAAGCAAAAACGUCCCCACCCCAUAGUCAAGUUGGGAAUCUAGCAACACAAAUCCCCAAGUUUUGGGAGCUGUGCGUGACAAGUUUCCCUCUGCAGUGUAGUGCUGGUCGGCAAGGGAAGCCGCAUCAGAAAGCCAUUUUCUCAUCCCGUUUACAGCAUUAGAAAUUCCAAAACACGAUUGGAAUUUAGAAAUGCCUCCCCUGGAGCUGCGCAUUACAAAUGUUCCUGUCAGUGCACGACAUUUGCUUUUGCAUGACAACUCCGGGGUGCGGACGGGUUUACUUCGGAUACUACUGGCGGUUUUUUUACCGCAGGUGGCCGUGGACGAGAUCCAAGUGCAGCGGCUGGGUCUAUGCACUGCAAAAGUAUCGUACUCGCAUAAAUGCAUGACAAAUGUCCUCAGCAUGGGAAAUGAAAUUUGUAAUGCUGCUUCACCUUAAGAAAAAGAUUUGUAAGGCAUGACUGCAAUACGAAUGCGAUACUUUUGCACAGGAUAGGGUCGUCACCUGCUCGAUUUUCCUCGCCGUCGCCACUCUCGAUGUUGGGGGCGAACAGCAUCGGUGCGGGGGGAGGGGUAUGAAUUGCAAAAGUAUCGUAUUCGUAUAAAUGCAUUACAAAUUUCCUCAGCAUGACAAAUAAAAUCUGUAAUGCUAAUUUGCCUUAAGAACAGGAUUUGUAAUGCAUGAUUACAAUACGAGUACGAUAGUUUUGCACAGGAUAAGGGGGUAGUGUCCCGUCGCCGUCGAACAAGCUGCCCGGCGCCAUGGGACGCAUGUUUUAUCAAAGUGAAAAAAGCCCCCACCCCAUACUCAAAAGGCAAUUUGUGUUGCUGGAUUUGUGUACACAAAUAAACUUUGUAUUGCGUGAAGAGCUUGCCGGUAUAUUCCAAGGCCAUUUGGGUACUACGCAUCCGGCUUGCAGCUGCGCAUGAGAAACAAGUCUGACAUAGGCGAAAACGCAUCACAGACUGGCUGCACAAUGCACCACAUGGGUGCCGUUUGCCUUGUGCGCAAGACAAAGUCAAUUUGUGGCCACAUAUCAGCAUCACAAAUUUCCUUUUCGAUAUGGGGAGGGGGGAUUUUUCCUCGCGAUAUGUUUGCCAACCUCGUUCUCGCGGACGCGCACGACGGGACUGGCGACUUCUAUGGAAUCGUCAGGUUUGAAAUCGACAAAGUUGCAAUGAUUUGCCGUGCACAAAAUGGAUGCCAGUUGCAACCCAGUUUCCAAGCGGCGCAUGACAAACCUCGGCGAUGCUUAGUUCCAGUUUGUCAUGCUGUUUAGGCAAAGAUGACUGACUUUCUCAUGCUACUUUAGCGGCUCGAGCUCUAACCCCAAACAGGCUUACAAUUGCCCUCACUUGCCUGCUCUGCAACACACG